AUGUCUGAGACAACGGAGCAGCACCUAAUGGCUCUAUGCGAUUACUGUCACAAACACUAUCACUUGGCAUGCUUGACGCCGCCACUGCGUAAGGUACCGAAGAAGACGAAGAAACUGACGUGGAUGUGUGCGAACUGCACGCACAGCAGCGAUAGCGACAAGGCAAAGGUAAAGUUUUAUCUGUAA